AUGGAGACACAGCCCCUUUCUCUUUGCAAUGCCAAAUGCAAUUCAGGUUACCGAAAGGCUUCCAAGGAAGGGGAACCGUUUUGCUGCUAUGACUGUAUCCCAUGUCCAGAAGGAAAGAUUUCUGACCAGAAGGACUUGGAUGAAUGCUUUCACUGUGCACAAGAUCACUAUCCCAAUGAGGACCAAGAUUCCUGCAUUCUGAAAGAUACAAACUUCUUGUCUUAUAAAGAAACCCUGGGGAACACUUUGACCAGCUUUGUGGUUUGCUUUUCCAUCAUCACCAUUUUGGUUUUAUGGAUUUUCAUUAAACAGAAUUAUACUCCCAUUGUGAAAGCUAACAAUAAAAGCCUCACCUACGUUCUUCUCAUCUCCCUCCUGCUGUCAUUUCUUUGCACUUUGCUAUUUAUUGGCCGUCCUCAUCAAUGGACAUGCCUUCUUCAGCAAGCUACUUUUGCUGUCAUCUUUUCUGUGGCAAUUUCUAGCAUUUUGGCAAAGACUACCAUUGUAAUUCUAGCAUUCAUAGCUACCAAGCCAGGGUCCAGAAAUAGAAAAUGGAUGGGGAAGAGACUGGCCAUUCCUAUUGUUCGUUCUUGCUCUUUUAUUCAAACCACUAUUUGUAUUGUAUGGCUAUCAACAUCUCCCCCAUUCUUAGAUGCUGAUAUGUUUUCUAUGCCAAAAGAAAUUGUAUUGAUAUGUAACGAAGGGUCAACCAUCAUGUUUUACUCUGUCCUUGGUUUUAUGGGGUUCCUGGCAAUUAUCAGCUUCACAGUGGCUUUCCUAGCCAGGAAGUUACCUGACAUUUUUAAUGAAGCCAAAUUUAUUACCUUCAGCAUGUUGGUCUUUUGCAGUGUUUGGCUGUCCUUUGUUCCAACAUACUUGAGCACAAAGGGGAAAUAUAUGGUGGUCGUGGAGAUCUUCUCCAUUUUGUCUUCUAGUGGUGGGUUACUGGCUUUUAUCUUCUUCCCAAAAUGUUACAUUAUUAUGGUGAGGCCUGAUUUAAACAACAAGGAACAGCUAAGAAGAAUAAUUGAAGAUGUUAAAGUUCGCCAUAAGUAA